AUGUGCGACCUGAAGGCGGUGAUCAAAAAUGCAGACCUGUCAGAAGAGAUGCAACAGGACUCGGUGGAGUGCGCUACUCAGGCGUUGGAGAAGUACAACAUACAGAAGGAUAUUGCGGCCCAUAUCAAGAAGGAGUUUGACAAGAAGUACAACCCCACCUGGCACUGCAUUGUGGGCCGGAACUUCGGUAGUUAUGUGACACACGAAACCAAACACUUCAUCUACUUCUACCUGGGUCAGGUGGCCAUUCUUCUGUUCAAAUCUGGUUAAAAGCAUGGACUGUGACAAACACCCAGUGAUCCAUCCAAAAACAAGGACUGCAUCCUAAAUUCCAAAUACCAGAGACUGAAUCUUCAGCCUUGCUAAGGG